CAGUACCUGUCCCUCCAGCCCAGCUUAAGGACCAGACGCGAGGAGAAACCGGCACCAAACGCAGCAUGCAUCUCAUCCAGACACGAGCCAGCAGCCUCGCCGUAAUGGCCUUAGCCAUGUGCAUUUCAGUCAUGUGGGCAAACGGGCAACCUGUAAAUCCCAAUUGCUGCACAAUGGUUUCGACUCAGGAGAUCACCCUACCUAUAACAGGCUUCAAGCUGCAGAAGCCCCGCCCGCCAUGCGUCAAAGCUGUCAUAUUUUUCACAUCGAAUGGAACGUGGUGCAGUCACUGGAAAGAAAGCUGGGUGCUGGACAAGAUCAAAGAGCUCAGAAAAUUUCAAAGCACCCAAAUAAUGAAGACCACUGCUGCCACAUCUGACAAACCCUAAAACCUAACGGAUGGGUACUUGAAUUUAUGCCAUGCGCCAUCACAAUGUAUUUUGGCAGGGUUCUUCCAACAUAUAGGUUUUACAAAUUUUUCUGCAUGGUUUAUUUAUUGCAUUUAAUUUAUCAUUUUGGACGGAAAAGACAUAUUUAUACAUUAAUAUUUAUUAGCAUUUUUAAACUAAAGGAUUUUAAAUGCAUGAAAGAUGGAAAAAAAUGUUUAGAUGAAAUUUGGGUCCUUUUAAAAAGUUAUACAUUCUAAAUUGUGUAAACAAACAUGUGACUGCAUGAAUAAAAACACUUUAACACAA